AUGGUGGUUGUUCGAAGUCGACGGCGAACGGCUUGCUCGGACAAUGGCGAACGAACUACCGCUCUUGAUGUGCCGCUGUACGACAACAAAGCCGCUGCUCUUCGGGAAAAAGGUUGGGUCUGCUCGAUGCACGGGCCCGACGAACGGCUGAAGUUCGCUGAAAAGAAAACGACGGCAGGGUGUGAGGCGGUCGAGAGAGGCCUCUGCUAUCACUCAUUUGGACGGCUGAAAAGAAUUACGGAAGCGGCUAAUGCUCGGACGGAAGAUGCUGCUAGCGGCGUGGCUCUACUCGUAUGUCUAUGGCAUUGUCGGCGGUCGCAGACGGAAGUAAUGCUAGCCGAAAGAAGUCACGCGGCUGCUAUUCGGAAACUCACGGCAACGGCUGCUACUUACUCACAGAUGGAGGAAGAUGAGGAACAAGAUUUGCUUCUUGCUAAGAAGAGCCGCGCGUCUGAGGAGAAGGAUGAAGACGAUUGA